AUGUCGUCCGCAGAGCCGAUUGCCCUCAUCGGUAUCGGAUGUCGAUUCCCUGGCAGCUCCUCGACGCCGGCCAAGUUCUGGAGUCUCCUCAGCAAGCCCAAGCAUGUCGGCUCUCCGGUUCCAAAGGACCGAUUUGACGGCGAUGCCUUCUACAAUACUCGGAGCGGGAACCACGGGACGACCAACGCCAGCGAAUCUUACUUCCUCCGCGAAAAUGUGGCUGCGUUCGACGCCUCCUUCUUCAAUAUCUCGGCGCGAGAAGCCGAGUCCAUAGAUCCCCAGCAACGUGUUCUGCUCGAGACAGUCUACGAAGCCGUUGAGGCCGCCGGUCUGCGGCUGGAAGACCUCAGAGGGUCGCCCACAGGUAUCUUCUGUGGUGUGAUGUGUGACGACUAUCAGACGAUCCAGCAGCGCGACGUCUCAGAGUUACCGCAUUACACGGCUACAGGAACAGCGCGGUCGAUCAUAUCAAACCGCGUCUCCUACUUUUUCGACUGGCACGGCCCCUCUAUGACCAUUGAUACCGCCUGCUCAUCUAGCCUGGUUGCUCUACAUUUGGCGGCCAAAGCAUUGCAUGACGGUGACUGCCGCGUCGCAGUCGCCUCCGGGACAAACUUGAUCUUGGCCCCAAACAUGUACAUUUCCGAAUCCAAAUUGAGUAUGCUGUCGCCACACGGCCGCAGUCGUAUGUGGGAUGCCGGCGCAGAUGGCUACGCGCGUGGCGAGGGUGUCGCAGCCGUAGCCCUCAAGCGACUCAGCGACGCUAUCGCCGACGGCGACGCUAUCGAGUGCAUUAUUCCUGCUACGCAUAUCAACCAGGAUGGUCGCAGCAUGGGUAUCACGAUGCCCUCUUCCACUGCCCAAACCGACCUGAUCCGGUCGACCUACCGGAAGGCCGGUCUAGACCCAGCCAAUCCGCGUGAUCGAUGCCAGUAUUUUGAAGCCCACGGGACAGGGACUCCAGCUGGCGAUCCCCAAGAAGCGUCUGCGAUACACGCGGCUUUCUUUCCUAACCCAGUUGACGACAAGAGCGACCCGGAUAAUCGGUUGUUUGUCGGCUCGGCCAAGACCGUCGUGGGCCAUACCGAAGGCACGGCCGGCCUUGCAGCCUUAAUUAAAGGUGUAAUGAGCCUGCAGCACGGGGUUGUGGCGCCGAAUUUGCACUUCGAGCGACUGAACCCGGCUAUUGAACCCUAUGGCAGCCAGCUGCGUGUCCCGACAGACUGUCAGCCCUGGCCACAGCUGCCCGAGGGCACGCCGCGACGAGUCUCGGUCAAUUCAUUCGGGUUCGGCGGUACCAACGCCCACGCGAUUCUGGAGGCGUAUAGCCCUACCUUGUCAGACAACAAUUCGGCCGAAUGGGACGGCAUUAUCCCGUUCGUCUUUACUGCCCCGUCGGAUAAGGCGCUCGGAAACGUCUUGGGCGCAUACGUGGAUUAUUUGGCCGGCCAGCAACCAACGGCUGACCUGACCGAUUUGGCAUGGACGUUGUUCCGCCGACGGACCACCUUUUCUCACCGAGUUGCCUUAUGGGCGGCAUCCGCGCAGGAUCUGCAAAACCGGCUGCGCGAGGAAGUCGCGAGGCGUGGGUCGAACCAGGCCUCCACAGUGAUUUCCAAGCCUCGAAACGAUCGACCCAAGGUACUAGGAGUGUUUACCGGGCAGGGCGCUCAGUGGGCACAGAUGGGCCUAGAUUUGAUGCAACGGAGCCCUGACGCGGAGACAUGGCUGACAACCUUGCAAAUGGCUUUGGACGAUCUCCCCGACGAGUACCGGCCCGCGUACUCGAUACUAGACGAGCUAUGCGCCGAGUCAGAGAACUCACGGCUACACCUGGCAGAGAUCUCGCAGCCACUGUGCACAGCAGUGCAGAUUGUUCUGGUUAAGUUCCUCCGCUCACUUGGCAUACACCUGAAUGCUGUUGUCGGCCACUCCUCGGGCGAAAUCGCGGCUGCCUACGCUGCAGGCAUGAUUUCAGAAAUAGAGGCAAUUCGCAUUGCCCACCUCCGCGGGCACGUCACCUCAUUGGCAGGAUGCAACGGGCAGCCUGGUAGCAUGCUGGCCGUUGGCAUGUCCCCGGACGAGGCCGACCAGGUCUGCCAGAGCGCGGUGUACACGGGCCGCAUCAAGCCUGCGGCGGUGAACUCGUCGUCUAGCAUUACGUUGUCGGGAGAUGCGGACGCUAUCGUGGCCCUUGAGGCGCAGUUGAAGGACGAAGGUAUCUUCGCGCGCCGCCUGAAGGUCAACAUGGCGUACCACUCGCACCACAUGAUCCCUUGCUCCGCACCUUAUCUGCGCGCCCUCGAGGCUUGCCAGAUUCAGCCAAGGGAAACCAAGGACACGAAAUGGUUCUCAAGUGUGAAUGACGGGCGAAUUGUAGACACUAAACAUUUAAAAGCACUAUGUGGGAGCUAUUGGUGCGACAACAUGGUCCAGACCGUCCGAUUUGCUGAUGCCGUGACGCAAGCCUUGCAGGAUGAUUCGUACGAUAUGAUCGUCGAGGUUGGGCCGCAUCCUGCACUCAAAAGUCCAGUGCAAGGCACGCUUUCUGAGACCUCAUCACAGGGUACUGCGCCGGUACCGCCUGUAUACACAAGUCUGUUAAAUAGAUCGACUUCCGGGACCGAGUGUGUGGCGCGUGCCAUCGGAGACAUAUAUACCCACCUUGGUCCGGAUGCUGUGGAUGUCGAGUCCUAUAUGCGACAUUUCCGUGACCAACCAACUUUCCACCUCGCCAAAGGCUUGCCGUGCUACCCCUUUGAUCGCUCUAACUCCUACUGGGCAGAGUCACGCUUUUCUAGAGCCACCUUCCGACAGCCAGGCCGUCCCAACCAACUGCUAGGAUCCUCCUGUGCGGAUACUACCGACAACGCAUACCGCUGGCGCAAUUUUUUACAUACCUCGGAGAUUGAUUGGUUGAGUGGACAUCGCAUCCAGUCUCAGACCGUCUUCCCUGCCACUGGGUAUGUGGCUAUGGCACUCGAGGCAGCCUACGCGAUCGCAGGGUCACGGCGUUUGCAGCUGUUUGACGUACGCGACUUCGUCAUCAAGAGUGCCAUCUCCCUGAGCGAGGAUGACGUCGGUGUUGAGACUCUUUUCGAGGUCAACCAACUAAACGAAGAACAAAGCGACCAGCUAUCGGCAGCAUUUUCCUGCUACAGCCCCGUGGCAGGCAAAUUACAGCUAUGCGCAUCGGCGAAUAUGAUUUUGUCAUUUGGUGGCGAAGAUGACGCUCGCUUGCUACCUACGCGUCAACCGGAGACUCAAGAGCUUACGGUUGUUGACGUCGAAGCCUUCUACGAUCAUCUGAACAGCCUGGGAUACGGCUACGACGGGCUCUUCCGCGGUAUCUCCUCUCUCGCCUGGAAGCCGAAUCUCAGCCACGGGCGCCUGUACAACACCUGCCAGUUGGAUCGUGCUAGUCCACUGGCAAUGCAUCCGGCUUUGAUGGAUCUCCUGUUGCAAGGCAUGCUGGCAGCCGUAGGAAAACCGGGAAAUGAGAAGCUCUACACCUUGCAUAUUCCCGUCAGCAUUGGCCGGAUCCUUAUCAAUCCGACUUUCUGCGGGCCGGCCGCUGCGGAGCUGGACCAUGAGUUGCCGUUCGAGGCUUCACUGACCAGUAUUGGCCGUGAAGGUGCCGUGGGAGACGCGGCGCUAUUCGACGCGGUAGGCCACGGCCUGAUGCACAUGGAAAAUAUCGUAGUGACGCCGCUAAUGCGUGCCACCGCGGCCGAUGACCAGCAGCGAUUCUUCGGCGAGCACUGGUUCCCGCUUCUCCCGGAUCUCUCUGAAUUCUCACCGUACCUUACGGGCCACGAAAGCUACCGUUGUACCGUGGCAGAGCAGCUAGCCUUUGUCUACUUGCGCGAAGUACAAGCGCAGCUAACCCCUGCAGACCGUGCGCAGCUGGACUGGCAUGGACAUCGGGUGGUCGCCUGGAUCGACAAUGUUCUGGCGUUAACACGCCAGGGUAAGCACCCCGUCUGUCGACCAGAGUGGCUCGAACUGUCUCUCGACGAGACAACGGCGGAGAUGGUCCGUCUCGCGAAUCCUACGGAGGAAGGCCUCAUGAAGGUGGUAGGCCAGAACCUGCUGCGCUUUCUGCGCCAUGAAACAACAAUUCUGCAGGAGCUGCGGGAAAGCGGGUUGCUAUCAGCAAUCUAUAAGGAGACAGGGGAGCUGGCCCACUUCAACCAAGGUGUGGCUGAUGUGGUGGAGCAGCUGGCGAUGCGAAUGCCUCAUCUGAAGAUUCUAGAGGUCGGCGGUGGCUCCGGCUCCGCGACGAAGGCCGUGCUCAGUCGCUUAAAAAACACUUUCUAUUCAUACACCUUCACAGACAUCUCGGCCGGAUUCUUCGAGCAGACACAAGCCAGCCUGCAGCACGUCUCUGAUCGGAUUACGUACCAAGUGCUCGAUAUUGAGCGGGACCCCCAGGGCCAGGGAGAAGAGUUUCAGCCUCAGUCGAUGGACCUAGUCAUCGCAGCCAACGUUCUCCAUGCCACGCGCGACUUGCUACAGACACUGUCCCACGUGCGGUCUCUACUCAAGCCAGGCGGUUAUCUAGUUCUCCUCGAGGGUGCCAAUCCCGACAUCUUGCGCUUGUCCUUCACGAUGGCCGGCUUUGAGGGUUGGUGGUUGGGUGAAAAAGACGGCCGCCCCUUCGGCGCGAUGACCACACCCACGCGGUGGGAUCAUCUACUGCAGGAAACAGGCUUCUCCGGAAUUGACACCAUCACCGGUGGCCACGAUGACGGGAUGACCGGGUUUUCUGUUUUCCUGUCACAAGCUGUCGACGAUCAAAUCCGGCUCCUGCGCGACCCGCUGGCAGCAGGUCCUCCGAUGGUUUCUCCAUCCCAAGACUUAGUCCUGGUUGGUGGAGCUACGCUCGCGACUUCGAGGCUGGUCAGCCGCUUACGCAGCCUCCUGCAGCCAUUCUUCGGGGCAAUAACGUGCGUUGAAACCCUGCAGACCCCAGUGGAUGUUUCUCCGGAGCAGUCAGUGAACGUGGUCAACGUGUCGGACCUCGAUUGCCCCUUUUUCCAGGACAUCACAGCGCAGAGCAUGCAGUCCAUACAAGUUUUGACUACCGCUGCGCAGAACCUGCUCUGGGUAACAGCCGGUUCAGACGCCGAUAAACCGCACCAGAGUAUGAGCCAGGCGCUGCUACGGUGUCUGCUGUACGAGAACUCGCACGCCCGCUACCGCCACUUGAAUAUCGAGAACGAGCGUGCAGUUGAUGCGCGCUCCGUCGCCGAAUGUCUACUGGGCCUUGUCUUACCUGAAUUCGAGAAUGAUUAUCGCCUGCAGCGAGCCACGUGGACCAUUGAGCCGGAGCUCCGCCUGCAAAAAGACGGCGUGAUGAUGUUCCCCCGAAUCUUGGCGGACGAUUCCAUGAAUCAGCGAAUCAUGUCCCAGAGACGCCGCGUUGACCGUGAAGCCGAUUUGGCUCAGUCAAAUGUUGUGGUGACGCGACGUGAUGGGGCCUAUGAGCCUAUUGCGUCUGCUUUGCCUCCGGCAACACCGCGAUCGGGUUACUGUCUCAUCGCUGCCAAGGCGUCGACUUUGACGGCAUGGCGUGUACCGGGAUCAGGGUUCUUAUACGUUGUCAUCGGACAAGACCUACAGGCCCAGGAAACGGUGGUCGCUUUCACGAGAGACUUGGCUGCAGUGGUGUCAACCCCGUCGUCGUGGGUUGUCCCAUGCGCAGAAUCGUAUGCCGAUACCGACGCCGCAUGCAGCUUCCUGGCGGCUUUGGCUGAUUCACUCGUGGCGAUCUAUCUGGCAGAGAAUACGCCCCCUUGGACCUCGCUGCUGGUGCACGAGGCGAACGAGCGCAUGCGAUCUGCGAUUCAGACAGAGGUGACACAGCGACAAGCUGCUGCUUAUUUCACGACGACGCGCGCGGCUAUCGCACACAGCAACCCGGAAGUAAAUCUGAUCCAUCCGCUCGCGCCGAUGAAAACUCUCUCGAAAUCUUUACCGCAGAAUAUGUCUCUGCUGGCGCGGUUUGAUCAGGACAAGUCGGGCCAGCUCUUUGGUCGUCUUGCCACCGUGGCCGGGAGAAGGGGCUAUGUUCGCCUGGAGAGCCUUGAGUCUAUGCAGAUGACCGAGGCAGUGAUGCCGUCACCGUCGGAAAUGGAAUCGGUUGCGCUUCGACUUGAGCAUGCCAUGGGUCUCUGCGCUGGCGCAAUUACUGGCAAGACCGACAAUUCCGCAGAUGUGGAUGUCGUGCCAGUAAACUCGGUCUCAGCACAUGCGGUGAAUUUGUCACGCACACAAAUUUUGGACUGGCAAGCUGCUGCCGGACUACAUGUGAGUGUGCAGUCAGCGAGUAGUGAGGUCGUGUUGGCGGCUGAGAAGACGUAUUUAUUGGUCGGGAUGACCGGAGACCUCGGCAUUUCUAUCUGCGAGUGGAUGGUGUCUCGAGGUGCUCGCAACGUUGUCUUGACAAGCCGUCGACCACAGACUAAGCAAUCCUGGAUUGACUCCAUGGCGAAGACUGGAGCGCGGAUUGUGACCAUGUCAAUGGACGUCACUGAUCGUGAUGCGGUCUCGGAGGUGGCUCAGCGCAUACAAGACACGCUGCCCCCGAUCGGAGGUAUCGUGAAUGGAGCAAUGCUUCUGCAGGAUCAGUUGUUCGCGAAUAUGCCGUUUGAGAGCAUGGAGAGGGUCCUCGGACCCAAAGUUACGGGCACGAUAUUGCUCGACGAGGUCUUUUCGACCGCUGACCUGGAUUUCUUCAUCUGCUUUGGGUCGCUGACAGGUCCCGCCGGUAACAACGGGCAGUCGGCGUACGCAGCGGCAAACACUUUCAUGACCAGCUUCAUCCACGGUCGGCGCAAGCGUGGUCUUGUCGGCAGCACCAUAAACCCUGGAGAGAUUCGUGGCGUGGGGUACGUGGCCCGCACGUCUAAUGAGCUGGUGCAGCUGUUGCGCAACGCUAUCGGCGACACCUCCAUUAGCGAAGGAGAGCUGAACGAGUUGUUCGCUGAAGCGAUUCUGGCCAGCCCUCCGGAAUCUGGACGCGAGGCUGCCCCUGUGGCCGGUUUUCCUUUUGUAAACCCGGAGGAGCAGCCAGGAAUCAUAUGGCUGAAGACUCCCCGAGCCUGGCGGCAAUUGCUGUAUUCUGGAGCGACAUCGGCGGAAGCCAAGGAUGGCGACACAGUCUCGCUGAAACAACAACUCGCUUCUGCAAGCCCCGAGGAGAAGGCCCGUCAUGUCAUCGAGGACGCCCUUUUGACCAAGGUCCGCAUCAAGUUGCAGCUGCCUGACGAUGCGGAGGUUACCGUCGACCAUUCGCUCAUGGAGCUGGGCGUGGAUUCGCUGGUUGCCGUGGACUUGCGCACCUGGUUCGUCAAGGAGCUUGGGGUCGAUAUUCCAGUCAUCAAACUGCUCAACAGCGCAUGUAUUGGUGAGCUAAUUGAUUAUGCAUUGACGAAACUCCCCAAAGAGCUGCUUCAAGCAAGUAGCAAGCCGACGGACGAGCCUAAAGCCUCCCAAUCAACCGACUCGGACCGCCAGCCGGUAGCCCCCACAAGGGUAGAGGGCCCGAAACAUCCGCAUGCUAUUGAGCAACCGAAUUUCGAGCGGAGAGACAGUGAAAUCUCUAUCGAUACUCAACGAGAAUCCUCUGCCUCGCCUGAGAUUUUUACUCCCCUGAGAGAAGACGACUCCUCGGGCAGCGAGUCGUCGACACCCCCAACCGGAGGCCAGCAGUCGCCGGCACUGAAAUUCUCACGCAUCGAGAAACUGUCCUACGCGCAGUCCCGAUUCUGGGUCCUGCAGCAGCUGCGGUCCGAUAAGACGUACAGCAACAUCACCUUCAAGUUGGGAUUCAGCGGUUCGAUCGAUAUAGCCCGGCUUCGCGCGGCUGUGGAGCGGAUAGGAGAGAGGCAUGAGAUCCUCCGUACCUGCUAUCAUCUUGGUAGCGAGGGCCCCUAUCAAGCCAUUCUCGCUUCGUCGCCCCUGCGCCUGGAUGUUUUCAACGUCGGCAGUGAGGCUGAGGUUCGCGACAUGUAUCUAUGCCUGCGGCAGCAUGUCUUCGAUCUCGAGAACGGCGACAACAUCCGGAUGAGCUUGACCAUCACGCCCAAGAACCAGCAAUUCCUGUUGAUCGCUUUCCACCACAUAUGCCUGGACGGUCUCAGUUUUCAGCUCCUUAUCGGGGAGCUGGAACGUGCUUACAUGCAACAGCCCCUGCCUCCCAUGUCGCGGCAAUAUGCGGACUAUGCGGCGGCGCAGCGAGCAAGUUACGAAGCCGGAAAAUUGUCCAAGGAUAUAGAAUACUGGCGCAAGGAAUUUGCAACAUUCCCCAGUCCCAUCCCGCUGUUUCCCAUGGCUCGCGUGCCCGCACGUACGGUGCUCACGGAUCAUCCGAGAGAACACGUACGAAUCGAGCUACCAGCUUCGAUUAUGGAAACUGUUCAGAGCCUCGGAAAGCGCAUGCGCAUCACGCCAUUUGGAAUCUUCCUGGCUGUCCUUCGUAUCUUCUUGACCCGCCUGACACAGUCCACCGAUUUUUGUAUAGGCAUCUCCGACGUGCACCGAAUCGAGGAGGCGGAUGAGCGGCUCAUUGGUCUGGUCCAGAACCUGCUGCCUUUACGAUUCGUUGGCAGCUUGAAGGGACACAGCUUCCGCGAGGUACUCUUAAAUACACAAACAAAAGCGCGGGGUGCGCUGGCGCAUUCGCGCGUGCAGUUCGACCGACUGCUGGAUGAGCUGGCUGUGCCACGUUCAGGCUCCCACAGCCCUCUAUUCCAGGUGAUGCUGGACUGGCAGCCUUCCAGUGCUGAGAAGCGUCAGUUCGCAGGCUUGGAGAUUGACGUGCAAGAAUGGGCCAUCAAUAAGACGGCGUUUGAUAUGGUGCUCUCCGUCAUGGAUUCUGGUCAGGGAACAUCCGUCCUCAACUUUCAUCUGCAGCAGGCUCUCUUUACUCGCGAUGCGGCUCACCUCGUUGCUCAUAGCUUUAUAUCCCUGCUAGAUGAGUUAGUAUCCUCUGCUCCCGUCCAAGUUGUCACAGGGCCGUCGCUCUAUCCGCGCACAAACAUAGAGAGCGCGCUUGCCCUCGGACGAGGGCCCGAAAUGCCGGCGAAGUGGCAGCCCACGCUCUCCCGGCACAUUGAAGAGAUCGCGCGUGUCAGCUCAAGUAAGAUGGCCGUCAUCGACCCAGUCAGUGGCCGCGGACUUACGUAUUCUGCGCUGAUGCAACACUCGAACGUUGUCGCAAAUCAUCUGGCUAAAUGUGGCGUUGAACCGGCAUCAACUGUGUGCGUAUUCCAGCAGCCAACAGAGAGCUGGAUUGUCUGCAUGCUCGCAAUAUGGCGUCUAGGAGCUGUAUAUGUCCCACUAGAUGUGAACAACCCGCGAGACCGUCUGGCCAUUGUUAUAGAAGACUGUCAGCCGCAAGUUAUAGUUUGUGAUGACGACACCGAGCCUGUUCUUCAUAAAAUGGCACUGACUACACACUCGUCUGUUCUUAAUACCGCCGCACUAGAUAUGGGUGCGAAGCCUACCAGCAGAGAAAUAGCAGAUGUCUCAUCUGCGCAUGCCAGCGCGGUGAUCCUCUACAGCAGUGGGACCACUGGUCGACCGAAAGGCUUCCAACUCAGUCACGCCAACCUGCAGAAUCAGCUCGAGGGCUUCACGCGCCAAUGCGGACUCCAGGCACCCGUGGUGCUGCAACAGGGCGCCACGACAUUCGACAUCUCCCUUGAACAGGCGCUUACUGGCCUCACAACCGGCGGCCGAGUUGUGGUCGCGCCCCGAUCCGUCCGCGGCGAUCCUGCCGCUCUUGCGCACAUUAUCGUCGACCAGCGCAUCACCUGCACCAUGGCCACCCCUUCGGAAUACCUUUUGUGGAUGCAGCACGCUUCAGAAACUCUGAAAACCGCCUCCGAGACCUGGACCAUGGCUUUCAGCGGCGGCGAGGCCUUCCCGGGGAGUCUUCCGGCUGCGUUUGCGGACUUACAGCUAGACCACCUCCGUCUCAUCAACUUCUACGGGCCAGGCGAGACGACAAUCGCGUCUCAUCAGAUUGAAGUGGACUAUCGACAACACGAUCGCGGCUCCCUCGAAGGGACCGUCGUUCCGGUCGGUCACGCACUGCCAAACUACACAACAUACAUCGUGGAUACGGAGGGAAACCCUGUCCCUACGGGAAUAUCAGGGGAGAUUGUGAUCGGUGGUGCUGGGCCCUGUCUCGGGUAUUUGCACCUCGACACGCUCACUCAGACACAGUUUGUGCACGAUCGAUAUGCCACCCCCGCGAACACUGCGCGGGGCUGGACGCGAGCGUAUCGCACCUCCGAAAAGGGUCAUAUGCUGCAGAACGGCGCGUUGGUCCUCGAAGGCCGGCUUGAUGGCGAUUCACAGGUCAAGUUGCGCGGGAUACGCAUGGACCUUGGCGACAUAGAGAACGCGAUCCUCUGCACAGCGCGGGGGGCCCUAAAUCGAGUGGUCGCGACUUUGCGCGACGCCGUCGACGCGUCUUCUUUCCUAGUGGCGCACGCUGAGUUCGCCCCGGAGUCCACGGUAAACGACAAGGAGGCCUUCCUUCGCCAAGUUCGGGCGACGUUGCCUCUUCCACAAAACAUGCGGCCGUCAUUGAUUGUUCCAGUCGAGACUAUGCCGACUACAGCACACGGUAAACUUGAUCGCAGAGUAAUCAAGGAACUCCCACUUCCGGAGCGCAAGCGGUCGAGCCUGAUGGUCGAUCCCUCAGCUCUGGCGACGACUAAUGACUGGGUAGGAAGGGUUGGUGCGCUGUGGGGAGAGACGUUGGAAGGAACGUUGAGCGACUUGUCCAAUCUGGAUGAGGACACGGACUUCUUUCUAGCAGGAGGGAAUUCCAUUCUGCUGGUUCGACUUCAAGUGCUACUUGCGCGGAGAUUCGAUGCGGAGAUUCCCUUGAUCGACCUGGUUGAAGGAAGCACACUCGGCCAAAUGGCCGAAGCAGCUCGUUCUGCUGCCGCCGGGGCUUCAAGUGCUGAAAUUCCCACGGAAACCGAGGCACUGGAGGUGUCUUGAACGGAAGUAUUUUAUUCGGAUUACUAUCAAAGGUUGUGCCGGAGUGUUAGGAGUACGUUUACUAUGGCGUUUCGGUGUUGGUUUUCCUUUUUCCGAUUGUAGUACUAGAUAUCAGAUCACCAAUACACCUCCCUAAUGAUAAGUCAAGUUCCCCAAUUAACCGUUUUCAGUCUCAAAUCACUUAUUCCGAUAGGUUAUGAGGUCAGUAGUUCAGUUCGAGGUGGAUCAAUGCAACCUGAAUUAUCUCACUGGCUGGACAAAAUGUAAC